UUUUUUUUCAAUUUGCUUCAAAAUUUGUACCGUCUCCUUGAAUUAUCCCCUACCUAGCCAGUUACAUCGACAAUGUCUGAAACACCCGUACAACGCCUUGUUCCUGGUGCUCCACCACCACCGCCUCUCACCAAGUCGCAGUUGAAGAAGAAGCGUAAAUCCAAGACAAAAGCCAAUGAGCAAGCAGGCGAGUCUCUCGUCGCAAUUACCGACGCUAGUACUGUAGCACUUGUGGAAAAAGCUCCCGAGAUUGCGGACAUCCAAGAAGGCAUUGUCGCUCCUGAAUUGGUAGCUCAGCCUUCCGAAGCUCAAUCGACUACCGAGGACGUGACACUCAAACUCAGCCCGAUUGUGGAUCUUGUCAAUAAACGACUGAAGGCCACCAACAAAAAGAUUACGCGCAUAACGACCUAUACUACUGUAGAUCCCGCGACACUCAAUGAGGAUCAGAGACGCGCGAUCAACUCCCUCCCGGCGUUGGAAGCUGUCUCAAAAGAGCUGUUGGAAGUAAAAAAAGCGGUAGAGGUUCAUGAAGCAGAACUUGCGAUCGAGCUUGCUUCAAAACGACGCGCCGCCGAAGAAGCUGAGAGGCUUCGGAUAUCCGACGCUGUUUCUGCUACUGAGGCUUCUAACGCAGAAAAAGCUAUCAAACUUGUGGUUUUCCUUCGCAUGCUAGCACUUCUUGCAUCCGGGGAGCUCGACUUAUCUGAAUUUGGAUUCAACCAGGAAGAGAUAAAUGCUGUUAAUGGUGCUGGAGUAAUACUACUUGGAAGUGAUGCUGCAACCAAAGACGUUAUUGUUCGAGAAUUCCUAUCUUCCAACGGUCAUUUUGAUGGUGUUUCUUGUUCGCGGCUUUCGGAGAUAUGUGAUCAGGUUCUCUCCCCUCCUGCUCCCCCAGCCGAGGCAGCUGCUCUAGAUGCAGUAGAGGUAAAUGAGCAUGAACCUUCACACCAUUCUGCAGAAGUCGAAGAGUAUACCGAGCCGGAGGUGGCUGGUCUGGUCAGUGCUCCAAUGACCACCACCGGAAGCUUCCAUUUUAUGCAGGCAAGCGAGUUAGAAACACCGUCUUUCGAAGAAAAUGUGGAGUGGGUCGACACGGCUGACCUUGUAGAUGGCUCAGAACAAGUAGAGGAGACGGAGGAGGUCAAUGGUCAUCUCAAGGAAACUCCUGCACCCGAGGUACCUGCUUCAAGUGAGCCUAUGGAUUGGGCUGCCGAGGAUGACAACGAACUGCCUGACAUUGACAAUCUUCAUGCUACUUUUGGCAAAUCUGGCUCUGUCACGCCAACUGUACAGCCAGAGCCUCAAGAGUCUCCAGACAUUAUUGAGCCCACAACAAAUGAUCAAAUCUCUUCCGCUGUCGAAGGAGAGGAUGGGUUUACCCAGGCUCGCGGUGGACGUGGAAGAGGUCGGGGUUCACGAGGUGGAGACCGUGGCUCCCGUGGGGGCUUCCGUGGCAAUGAUCGCGGAGGAUAUCGAGGCGGUGAACGUGGAGGCUUCCGAGGUGGGCAUCGAGGAGGAGACCGAGGUGGAUUCCGUGGACGAGGAGAUUGGAGAGGAGCUGAUGGCGAGUUCCGUGGACGUGGAAGGGGCCGCGGAAGGGGAGGUUUUGCACCUCCCUCCCAGGCAGCAUGAGAAUUAUAAUUACUGUACUUUUGAAAAUGCCUUAGCGGGCAAAUGAGUUUUCCUUCGAUGAUUCCCCAUUAUUCUCUCGGACCUCAUAUUUUGAUAUUCAUAUCUUUAAAUUAUGUAGACCAGUGUUUGUAUGCUGCUCACACCCUCCCAUUCGUGUUUGUUUUGCCUUUCUCGUCUGUUUGCUGUUCCAUUGUACAAUUUGGUGUGAAUUUUUGCAUUACCGAUUCUGUGUAGUGAUUCCAUUGUAGCUAUAUCCAAUCUAUCUCUGUAUAGAUGAAAAUAUCCAGCUUUGACCGUCCAUUCUCACGAC